AUGGUGUUCCGCGAGUUUGACGAGGACGACCUGGACUCCUACCUGGAGGGCUCGGUCUGGUCGGAGAAGCCGUCGGCCGGCGAGUGCUUCUCGGACUACUUCGACGCCGUCGUCACCGUCUUCCCCUCGACCUCCCAUUCCAACAUGGCCUUCGGCUAUCCCGCCAAGUCCUGCGAGACCGUCUUCGCGUACAUUUUUCUACUUGAGUUGUUUGGAGCAGAGAUUUUAAGAGUUUUAUGCGUAAAAAAUUGCCGUUUUUCCUAGUUUGGAACUACCCUAAUGGCUUGAGCUUUGAGGAAAAUAAUGUGUAAAUGUUAGAGACACAGACUUUGAUACAGUUUUUGUACCUCAAGACAGUGACGAAUGGGCUGUAGAUUUUGAACUUUUUUUCGAUUUUUCCGGAUUUUCGUGAAGUCGAAACAGUGGCAUUUUUUUUCUUAACCGGGAAAAUUUGAAAUUUUUUCUCGAUUUUUUUUUCUUUGAAACAUGUCACUCGGAAACGUUAUUGGCAAUUUUCUCUUCAAGGGAUCACUCUAGGGACCUUUUUCUCUAUAGUCAUCGUUUAAAAAGGACAAAACACCAUCUCCGCGAAGUGUGAGCCAUUAUAAAAGUCGGCUUGAAUAUAAAAUUUUAUAUAUUUUCGAGGAAUCUGUCUUUCAAAAUCAAACUUCUAGGCCUUUUUUUUCAAAACUUUAUUUUGGAGUUUAUUUUUUUUCAGAAGCCGAAGGCCACCAUCUGCCUAUUCUUCGUCCCGGUAUGAGGAUCCCUAUCUGCGCCCGGAGUCCCGGAACCAUUAUGACAGGGUUGCCGCUCAGUUCGUAGAGCACUCCUUGCAGGUAGUUUGAGCUCAAAAAUUUUCAGAAUUUGGAAAAUUUCCGACUUUGUACUACUGGGGCGUUUUUCCCCUAACCCCUCUAGGGACUACUCUUAGUUUGCGAUAAGAGGUUUUUUCCAGCCGAUCUCCCGCCCAGGAUCGCCGACUCCAGUCGCCGGUGCCGGCGACAUCACCAACACGGAGCACGGCUUCACCAUCCAGCUCGACGUCAACCGCUUCCGACCCGAGGAGAUCAAAGUCGUGCUCACCGACGACCUCCUGACUGUCUCCGGAGAGCGCUUGGAAUACACCGGCGAUGGUCAGACUCUCCGCAGGAGCUUCUCCAGGUCGGCGUCGAAAAUAAUCCUCAAGUUCCAGUCAACUUUUUUCAGAAAGUACUCGAUCCCGUCGGACAUCAGCUUGGACUCGAUCCGCAGCCAUCUCACUGAUGCUGGCUAUCUUGUCGUUAAUGUCAGUUGGGGAAAAUUGAUGGGGCUUGAGGAAUUUUGGCCUUGUUGAGCAGAAGCAAGAGUCCAGGAGAGGAAAAACUCUGGCAAAAAUGAGCUUCUCAGGGCCUUCAAAGGAUAUUUUUGCCCUUUUUCACAUUAUUAAACAAAAAUAUGUCGCUCAUUUUCAAUAAUAUGAAACUUUCUGAUCUCCCUGCACACUUUUUAACCCGCGAUUUCAAUAUUUUAUGGCCUUAUCGGGCAGGGAAAAGAGACGCAGAGAGGCCAGACAUUCUCAAGUUUGAAUAGUUUUCCAAAUAAUUUUCUCUUAAGGGCUCGCGAAAAGGCUGGCGAGAGACGAGCAUAACCACCCAUCCCGCUCCAGCUUACCGUCCUUACCGUACUUCAUCUGUCAUAAGCACUGUUUGA